GAAGAGCCGGGCAGAGGAUACACAGGCUCCCAGCAGGCACCCUGGUUUGCCCGUGAACGAUAUGAUAUGCGGUUCUGAAUGAGCAGCUGCAGCAGCCGGUUUGGGUAUGUACGCAUGAGCGCUGGUGUGCGGAGAGACAUCAGAUCCUUUGGAGCUGGAGUUCCAGUAGUUGUAAGCACCAUAUUUGGAAACACAUUGAGAAAUUAGCCUGGGCAACCUGCAAGGCACAAGGCACAAGAUUCUGCAUGGUCAUUUGCUCUCGUGGGAGGUGAACACUUGCUUUGAUUCACAGAGUCAGGGUUGAGAUGCCCAGUUGUUCCUCAUCUUGGCUCAGAAGAAGCACCUAGGAAUAAAGCUUUAAGAGGGUAUUAAGUACAAUGGGCUUAAGGUCCACUACAGGAAACAGCAGCUAGUGACAGAAAUGGCAAAGCGAACCUUCUCUACCUUGGAGGUGUUCCUCAUUUUCCUUCUGGUAAUAAUGACAGUCAUUACGGUGGCCCUUCUCACCCUCCUGUUCGUCACCAGUGGGACCAUUGAAAACAACAAAGAUUCAGGAAAUCACUGGUUUCCAACCACUCAGGGCUCCACGACCAUCCAGACCUCUCCAAUUACACAAGCUCCAGACUUUCCUUCAUUUCAGAACUUCACUGGCUACUACAUUGGUGUUGGGCGAGCUGAUUGCACAGGACAAGUGUCAGAUAUCAACUUGAUGGGCUAUGGCAAAAAUGGCCAGAAUGCACGGGGUCUUCUCACCAGGCUGUUCAGCCGUGCUUUUAUCUUCGCGGAUCCAGAUGGGUCAAAUCGAAUGGCAUUUGUGAGCGUGGAACUAUGCAUGAUUUCCCAACGACUCAGGUUGGAGGUCCUGAAGAGACUACAGAGUAAAUAUGGCUCUCUGUAUCGAAGAGACAACGUUAUCCUGAGUGCCAUUCAUACACACUCCGGCCCAGCAGGGUAUUUCCAAUAUACACUCUAUAUCCUUGCCAGUGAGGGGUUCAGCAACCGGACCUUUCAGUACUUAGUCUCUGGGAUCGUGAAGAGCAUUGAUAUAGCUCAUGAAAAUCUUAAACCAGGCAAAAUCCUUAUCAACAAAGGAAAUGUUGCUAAUGUGCAGAUCAACCGAAGCCCCUCCUCUUACCUUCAGAAUCCACAGUCGGAGAGAGCAAGGUAUUCUUCAAAUACAGACAAGGAAAUGGUGAUCUUGAAACUGGUGGAUUUGAAUGGAGAAGACUUGGGCCUUAUCAGCUGGUUUGCCAUCCACCCCGUGAGCAUGAACAAUACCAACCACCUUGUAAACAGCGACAAUAUGGGCUAUGCGGCUUACCUUUUUGAGCAAGAAAAGAACAGAGGCUAUCUGCCUGGACAGGGACCAUUCGUAGCAGGCUUUGCUUCAUCAAAUCUUGGAGAUGUGUCACCCAACACUCUUGGCCCACAUUGCAUCAACACAGGAGACUCUUGUGACAAUGACAGAAGCACCUGUCCCAACGGUGGGCCUAGCAUGUGCAUGGCCAGCGGACCUGGACAAGAUAUGUUUGAGAGCGCACAAAUUAUAGGACGGACCAUCUAUCAGAAAGCCAAGGAGCUGUAUGCCUCUGCCUCCCAGGAAGUGACCGGCCCAGUGCUUGCAGCUCACCAGUGGGUGAACAUGACGGAUGUGAGUGUCCAGCUCAAUGCCACACACACAGUGAAGACGUGUAAACCUGCCCUGGGCUACAGUUUUGCCGCAGGCACAAUUGAUGGAGUUUCGGGCCUCAAUAUUACACAGGGAACAACAGAAGGAGAUCUAUUUUGGGACACUAUUCGGGACCAACUCCUGGGAAAACCAUCUCAAGAAAUCAUAGAAUGCCAGAAGCCUAAACCAAUCCUAGUUCACACAGGAGAGCUGACAAAACCUCAUCCUUGGCACCCAGAUAUCGUUGAUGUUCAGAUUGUUACUCUUGGGUCACUGGCCAUAGCUGCUAUCCCUGGGGAAUUUACAACCAUGUCAGGACGAAGAUUUCGUGAGGCAGUUAAAAAAGAAUUUGCACUUUAUGGAAUGAAGGAUAUGACCAUUAUUACCUCAGGUCUAUGUAAUGUUUAUACACAUUACAUUACCACAUAUGAAGAAUACCAGGCUCAGAGGUAUGAGGCAGCAUCUACAAUCUAUGGACCACACACCCUGUCUGCAUACAUCCAGCUCUACAGUGCCCUUGCUAAGGCAAUUGCUACGGACACAGUAGCCAACAUGAGCAGUGGUCCCGAGCCUCCAUUCUUCAAAAAUCUGAUAGCUUCACUUAUUCCUAAUAUUGCGGACAGAACACCAGUAGGCAAACAUUUUGGGGAUGUCCUGCAGCCAGCAAAACCUGAGUACAGAAUGGGAGAAGUGGUUGAAGUUAUAUUUGUAGGCGCUAACCCAAAGAAUUCAGCAGAAAACCAGACCCAUCAGACCUUCCUCACUGUGGAGAAAUAUGAAGAGUCUGUAGCCGACUGGCAGAUAUUGUAUAAUGAUGCCUCCUGGGAGACGAGGUUUUAUUGGAACAAGGGAAUCCUGGGUCUGAGCAAUGCAACAAUAUAUUGGCAUAUUCCAGAUACUGCCCUCCCUGGAAUCUACAGAAUAAGAUAUUUUGGACACAAUCGGAAACAGGAACUUCUGAAGCCUGCUGUUAUACUAGCAUUUGAAGGCAUUUCUUCUCCUUUUGAAGUCGUCACUACUUAGUGAAAAGUUGACAGAUAUUGAAGAACAGCUUUUCUCUGUGCACAUUAUAGAGCGAUGUCACACAAAUGUGAACUACCAGUGUAAUUUUUGUAAUUGUCUCUGUUUGGGGGACAGAUUGUUUAUAGCUAAUGGGAUGGAGGUAUGUGUUUGUGUUGUUGUAUGAUUAUGUGCAUGCAUGCUGAGAGAGAGAGAGAGAGAGAGAGAGAGAGAGAGAGAGAGAGAGAGAGAUUAGUGAGUAAGAGAAUAUGAGAGAAAGGCCCCUGGCAACCAUAUACUUUGUGAUCUUUAUCCUAAAGCAUGAUUUUCCUUGAAGCUCUGUGGUUGUGUAAGAGAUAAUUCCCUCUAAUACGAAUUCCUUGAAAUAUACUGACAGUAUGUGAAGAUAUGUGAAUGAUAUUUAUCCUAUUUAUUUAUAGACUUAUUAAAUGAGAACACUAGAGAACUUUCCAGAAGUCCUCUAGAAUAAUACUUGAUUUUACAGAGAGGAAAAUGGAGGUUUAAUUCUCUUUAGGUUAGAAUAAGGUUAUUAUAUAUAUUUCCCUAGUUACAUUUACAAAAUACCAUGUAACCUUACUACAAAUAUUUGAGCCCAGCUAAAAUAUCCCCAGAAAAAUUAGCAUGCCAGGUUUUUGUUUUGUUUUGUUUUGUUUUUGCAUUCAAACAAGCAUAGUCCUUCUGAUCAGUCACUGUAGAAUGGAUCUGCCUGGCUCAGGGUUAUUGUUCAUGCUCAGAUCAUUUCUGGAAUUGCCUCCAGAGUCCAACUAUGCGAAUGUCACUUGCAGUGCUUUGAUUUAUGCCUUGUAUUCCUCAAAGUGUCCUUAUCUUGCUAAGUCACGCCUCUUCUUCCAAACAUUUACUCUAAAGGAUUUUUAAAUGUUUUUGUCAAAUGUACCUCACACUACAAAGCUUUGCCUUGAAUGUAGAUUUUAAAACAAAAGUGUUAAGGCUGGAAACGUAGCCAUCAAAGGGGAAGUUUAAAAUGUAUCUAUCUGUUCUUUUGCCAGCUGCUCGCUCCCUCAUGGUGUCCUUGAAUCAUUGAUCAUUAUUUAAACCCACGUAUCCAUUGUUGUACUCAUUCCUGGGUCUUCGCAAUUACAGACACCUUAUUGAGAUGACUGGGUAGACGAUUCCUUUGAAGGAUAAAAUAUUCAACUAGAAAUAUAAAUUCCGGAGAGAUAUUUGAAAAUCACAAAUGUUCAUGUCUCCGUUUCGUGCUUUCCAGGCUGGGUAUUCUGAUUUGGGAGGAAAGAGGCCCCAAGUAAUUUUUAAAUAUUAAUCUGAAAGUAAUGUUUUAGAAAUUAUGAUUGGGACAGUCUAAUGAAUGAGAUGGGACAAUGUAAUAUGAAAUGUCUGAAAGUACUAGCUGCAUUUAAAAUUACUUAAGUUAACUGCUAAGGCCAAUUUUUGAUCCCAAUCAUAUUUUUGUAGGCAGGGGAAAAGAGUAAACAUUUUAGGAGAAAAGUGAUCUUUUUUUUCAAAACUAUAUUUAUUUAAAAAACAAUAGCGGUAAAGUAAACCUUCAUUUAUUUCCCCAUGGUUUACCUACUUAAACAUUGUAGACUGUAUCAAAAGGUGCCUGAAACAUGUUUUGGUGACUCUAUUUCCUAUUUGGUAAUUCUAUGGAUAUUAACUGCUGAAGAAUAAACUGAUCAGGAUUUUCAAGGAUUGUAAACAUGUCUUCUGAUGGAAACACCCUAUUAAGUAUGAAGGUUCAAAAUAGUCGAUUUCAAAUAUGUACAUAUGUAUAUGUAUAUAUGUAUACACACAUAUACAUGUGCGCACACACAUGGUAUUGUUUAAAAUUUAUUUCUUAUGAACCAGAACAAUACAAGGAUUAUACAAAGAUUCAUUUCCCACCACCAUUCUCCCCAGUGAAGCUUUUCUCAAGUCUGAGUAGGAGUUUCUCUUUUCUCACUGGUAACUAUGCCACAGUGGCCAUUACAUCACUAGUAACCUGUGUGCCCAGCUCUGCAUGGAAUUAAAUCACAGAAAUAUCAUUUCCCAGUAGACUUAGUCUCUUCCAGCCUGUGUGCUUCUAGUGUAUGCAAUCUGUAAAAAAAAACCAACCAGGUCCCUGCAUUAUCCAACCAUAGUGAUUUACCUGUGCACAAAGGAACCCCACUAGAUAACCAAUCUGGUCAGCUCAUCUAAAGUCACAGAUCUUGUUUAUGUCUCUGUCUGGAAAUAGUUCUAUAGAGCCAAAAUACAUGGAGGAACCUCUGGAGAAGGGCACUGAGUGUGGAAAGUGUUUGGUUGGGUUGGUGAGAACACUCUUUCUGAGAAGGGUUUGUCCGUGCUUGCUUUACUGUGCUGUGCCUUGCCUGCUGAUUUCAAGGCUUCUGUAAUUCUGUCAGAAAGCCUAGAGUGAUUUCUUUUCCAGGUCUGUGUUUUGUUUUGCUUUUUUUUUUUUGGAUGAACAUUCUGUAAAAACUGUCAGCAUCCAAGAUUAUAUUUAAUAAUAAAUUAAGAAUUA